AUGGUCAACUUAAUCUCCCUCACGCUUCCGCUGGCAUUCGCAACCAUUGCGGUGGCACGUGUGUGCCAGAACCUCACGGUUGAUAUCUCGAUCACGUCGAGGAAUGGCGUCUACAACAUCUCGGCCCCCGAGACCAACGUCGAUGUCACAAACAUCAUGAUCGGCCUCUCGAUUCCAGGACAUGACUUUUCGGCAGAUUACUUCGUCGACUACGCCAACGUCAGCGGCACCUACCAGCUUGCAUCAACAUAUUGUGAACCAGAUUCAGGCCCUGGUCGUGUGCUCCAGAUCCUUACUCACGGCGUUGGCUUUGACCGCAGUUACUGGGACUUCCCAGCCAACGGCUAUAACUACAGCUAUGUGGCCCCUGUUGUUGACAAGCACGGCUACUCGACCUUCUCCUGGGACCGCCUCGGUAUUGCUGAGUCGACGCAUGGCGACCCUAUUAACGAAAUCCAGGGCUGGCUUGAGGUCGCUGCCCUCAAGGCACUGACGGACAAGCUGCGUGCUGGCACCAUCCCACAGGUCGGCUCUACGUUUGACAAGAUUGUCCACGUCGGUCACUCGCUUGGGUCGAUCCACACAUACGCGUUGACAGCAGCAUACCCAGACAUCUCAGAUGGUAUUAUCCUGACAGGCUUUGCGCCAAAUGUAAGCUCUAUCACAGCCCUUUUGCUUGGCGGCGCCUUUGUCCAGGCUAGCGACUACGCCAAGGGGUAUUUCGCGCUUUCGUACGAGGGCGCUAUGGAAAUCUGCUUCUUUGCGCCUGGGAACUUUGACCCGGCUAUCUUGACGUUGGCGUACGACAGCAGCAGGCCGAUAACGGUCGGCGAGCUGUUCACCAUCGGGGGGGAAUUCGGGCAACUCAGUGCGUUUGCGAAGCCCGCUUUCGUCAUCGCCGGUGGUAAGUGUGAAAAAGAAGAAACUCCUCACAGGGAUAUCCCUGGCUGA